CCUGAUCAAGAGAUUUGCUCCAGGUGUGCAGGAUCCAGAGCUGACGGACUCUCCUGGAGAGAUCUUCUCUGAAAGAGGAACUCACUCAUACCAAACACACCAGAAUCCUAACAAGGCCUCUGUAAUACAAUGGAGUGGGUUGUCUAUUGGGCUUUUUUUUUUAAUGAUCGGGUUGCUGGUUCCUCUCAUAAGACCUAGCAACACUGCAACAGACAUCCAAAUCCAACCUCCGUGUGGCUCAAGAACAGCAUGGAGAUGAGACAUGGAAUGAAUUUAAAUCGUCAAGCUGCUGCAUCCAGACCUAACAUCACUGCAGGCCAUGGAAAGCAAACAACCUCUGAAGUUGUUACACAACUCUUCUGCGUUGCCCAGCUCACCCUACAACAUCAGACUGAAGCUACCAGCAUCUUCCACCUUCAAGAUGAGAGCCCUGCGUCUUUCAGCAUCCAUCUGUGCCUUGAUGGUUCUGACUAACGCCCUCGCUGUUCCAGAAGCAAAGUCGGAUGAUGACGAAACAGCGGAGAUCAACCUGGAGAAGAGGUCACCCUAUUGCUCCCGUGGUUGGACCAGAUUCAACGGUCGCUGCUUCCGCUACAUUGCAACCCCCAUGAGUUGGUCCACAGCCGAGAAAAACUGUCGGUCCAUGAAUGCAAACCUUGCAUCGGUCCAAAACAUCGGGGAGUACUACAAGAUCCAGAAGCUGAUAUUAAUGAGAAGUAACAAGUACACAGAGACCUGGAUCGGAGGCAGCGAUGCACAGCAGGAGAGACUGUGGUUAUGGAGCGAUGGUACUCCUUUCCGCUUUACAUUCUGGUGUUCUGGAAAGCCCAAUAACUUACGUACGCAGAAUUGCUUACGCAUGAACUAUAGAGGUCAGAGGUGCUGGGCUGACUUUCAGUGCUACUACCUAAGGCCUUCUGUCUGUGCCAAGAAGGCCUGGCCAAUCCUGGGCUGAGUGCAUUUCUUUGGUUCAUUAAAGUCUUUAAAUCUCUUUUCAUUGCUCUAUCGCUGUCAGGCAACUUAAAGAAAUCCCCAACAUGCAACAUUUACAGAUUGAUGACUGUCUCUUUGGUCUUGCGCAUCAAAAAACGGUCAACUUAAUUUGUUGUUGUGAUACCGCUUUUCUGCACGGCUUUACUCUGUGAAAAAUAAAACGCUCAAGCAAGAAGAA